GACGGAUUUGACGCCGAAAAAACGGCAUGAAGCUCAUUUGCCAUGUCUAAGACAGCGGUGAAGAAGCUGCACUGGCGUUCCAAGGUGCAGGACAGCUUCGUCCCCUUGCUGGGCGCGUCGGGGGAGCUGGGGAUCGCCAUUGGUGGAGGAGCAGAUUAUGGAGAGUUUCCUUUUGUCACAUCGGCUCCUGGGGGCGUACUCACAGUGGGGGAUAUCAUCCUAGAGAUUGGGGGAACACCGGUAUUAGGGAUGACAUUAGGAGAUGUCCGUGGCGUCCUCAACUCCUGCCCCCAUCCAAUCCGCGUCAAGACUGUGUCCCCAGGCUCCACAUUGUGCAAGGAUCUCAGGUUGUAUCUGAGCAAGUGCUUCACACCCGGCUCAGUGGACAGCCAGCUCCAGCAGGUCAUCCGAGAGAAUCUCUACCUCCGUGCUGUACCUUGUACAACCAGACAGCCCAGAGACGGGGAAAUCUCAGGCGUAGACUACAACUUCGUCUCCAUUGAGGAGUUCUUCUCCUUGGAGGAGUCGGGAGCGCUGCUGGAGAGUGGAAAGUUCAAAGGGAAUUACUACGGCACACCUCGGCCCGUCCACAUCAGCGCAGACAGCCCCCCCAUCACCUACCAGGAACACCGCAACCUGCUCAGAAACUUCCGCACACGCAGCAAAUCGCUCAGCAACCUGGAAAAGGCUGCAGAGGACGGCGAGAACAGCGAGGACGACUCAGGCCUGUCAGGAGGCUCUGCGGGUGUCAGCAGCAGCGUCCCUCCCAGCCAUCGGUCCCCCGGGCGGCCCCGGGCCUCCAGCAGCGGGGAUGGUCGCAUCAUAGAGAACGGGAUCAUCGGCAGCAGAAUCGGUGCCAGGGUGAGAAGCAUGAUGCCUGAUCAUUGGGAACAGGCCUUCAGUGACCCCGGAGAGUCUCACUACACAGAUCGCAUCCCAAAGAGGAACAACUGGCACAGUCCUCGAGCUUCAAGCAGAGAGACUGUCUACAAAAAUGAAUGGUUCACGGACCAGCCCGCGGAGCUCAGAGGUUUCCCUGUGCACACACAUUUGACUAAGGGCUCCAGAGGGUUCGGGUUCAAUAUCGUCGGGGGCAGCAGGCCAAGAGAGUUCCUGCAGGUCUACAGUGUGACUUCAAGUGGACCCUCAGCACUCAAAACAGCGGACAUCCUGGUGUACAUCAAUGACGUUUGUGUGUUGGGAGUGUCUCACAAAGAGGUGGUCGAGAUGCUGAAGUCGGUGCCUGUGGGCCACAGUGUGGACGUAGAGGUCAGAAGAGGGUAUCCAAUGCUCUACAACCCUGACGGUUGUCCCAAGCAGCCCCCGCCGAGGCUGAUGGAGAGCGGGGAGCCCAUCGUACCACCCACCACCACCCAGCCUCAGCCUCUUCACCAACUACCUCGCCUCCCGACACCCACUCCCCACACACAGCACUUUAACUACAACGGGGUCCACAGUGACGGGAGUUACAUGGAGUCAGGGGUGACUCUAGACGCCAAUGGGAACGCCAUGUCUUUCGCUACCAGACAGCAGCUCUCAUACAGGCGCUUGAGUAUGAGCAACGCUGCGUCUUCCCCUCCUGUGCGUCCUCCACGUUCACUGAGAAGUUUGGCCCGGCUGCAGUCGUUCGACCCAACACUCGCCAGCCAGAGUGACAGCGAAGUUGUUUCAGCCAUCGGUUCACACAGGGCAUCAAUGAUCCGUAACCACAACAACAACUCCCUCUCAACACCCCCUCAUCCUUAUCGUUAUGGCACAGCCAAGUCGUCUGAGAGCGACCUGUCCACCUGCACGCUGUCCGGCUCCCGGCUGCCUCUGCCUCAGUCCCCGAGGAGGCCCUCGUCCUCCCCCGGCGGCCCCCGCAGCGCUCACUCACGCCUCUUCAGACCGCAGACCUCACACCUCAGACCUUCUCCCACACCUGACAGCCCCCACCACCGCGGCUUCAACGGUUUCCAUGGUAACACUAGCCCCGGUGCAAGCCCCACCAGUCUGUCCUCUCCCGGAGCUUUGAGUGUGGGCAGUGGCGGUUGCAGCGGAGGGGAGCUGGUGCCGGUGGCCUUGGCCCAGACCGAAGGAGACAGAGGACUCGGCUUCAGCUUGAUGGCUGGCGGCCCAGGAGGCAGGAUGACCAUAGUGAAGAGAGUCUGGGACAGGAAGCAGUGCAACUCCCUGCAGCCAGGGGAUGCUAUUGUCAAAAUCAACGGAGCAGACGUGCAGAGUCUGAGCAUUGACCAGGUACAAACGGUCCUCCAGGAACACACCAAACAGGCAGAAGUCAUCUUGUUGGUUUACAGAGGAGGCACUUAUCACUCAACCGUCUCCCCCGGCUCCAUCCGGAGACUCCCCCCGCCUCUCCUCCGCCCCCCUCCACCACCUGUUGAAUCAGACACCUCCUCUCUGCUCCCGGAGGCUCUGCCUAUGCCCCGCACCUCCAUCAGCACCCCUCCCUCCCCUGCCCCGACGCGCUCCUCGCUGAUCCAGAGCACCAGUUUCCUGGAGUCGAUUCCAGUGACCCUGACGAUGGAGCCCAAAGACUGGAUCAACACAGGCCUGGAGGACGAGGCGGGCGGCGUCACAGUGCCGAACUCAGGUCUGGAGAGGCAGGGAGGGGAACGAACUCGGCCACUGCGAGGGUUUGAUGUGGAGCUGAGGAGGAAGCCAGGAGAGGGCUUUGGGUUCGUCAUCGCCUCUCAGGACGUGGAGAACGGAAAGGCUGCUUCACUUCUCCCUCACCGGUUUGUGACGGUCCGGCGAGGCAGCCCGGCAGCCAAGAGCGGUCAGAUCCGGCCUGGAGAUCGAUUAGAAGCGGUAGAAGGACGCUCAGUGGUGACUCUUCCUCAUCGGGAGCUUGCUCAGAUCCUUCGUCGAGCGGGAAAUACUCUGCGGCUCACCAUUGUCCCUCGUCCCAGCACCUAUUCCUCAAGCCUUUCAGAAACCACUGAGUAUGACCCCGGACACAAAAGCAGGAAGGGUCAGAGGUCGCGUCCGAAGCGUGACUCCAGGUAUUAUAGCGUAGACCUGGAUCGUGGCCCCUCAGGCUUCGGCUUCAGCCUCCGAGGGGGCAGCGAGUACAACAUGGGCCUCUACGUCCUGGGACUGAUGGAGGGGGGCCCGGCCUCACGGAGCCAAAGAAUGCAGGUCAGCGAUCAGCUUGUGGAGAUCAAUGGUGACAGUACAGCAGGGAUGACCCACAGCCAGGCGGUGGAGCAGAUCCGCAGAGGAGGCCACCGCAUCCACCUGGUGCUCAAGAGAGGGAACGGCUACGUGCCCGACUAUGUGGAGCUCUCCAGUUUGUCUCUAUGUAUGACCAACUCCAAGCUAGGCGAGCCUUGCUUCUAUGUCAUUGGACGGACAGAGAAUACGCGGUUGGUAAUGGUUCCUGCCGUGAGCACAGAAUCACCUCCCCCUCCCUCCUGCAUCACCCCAAGGAGCAGGGUGUGGCUGCAGUAG